UUCAGAGUUGGAAGAAGGGCCAGAUCCGAAGCGUCGAAAAACUUUUGAAAAAAAAAUUGAAGAAAAAAUAUUUGAGAAUCUCCCAAUCACUACAGAUCUGUCACUAAACCAAUCAAAUGAUUUAUUAGCUACAAAGGCAACGUUUGUAAUGGAUGGUGUGAGACAUGAAAGACAACAACCAUUGCCGUUAGGUUCAGACAUUGGUUAUUCUAGUGGGGAAAACAAUUCAGUUCACGAAAUAAUAUCAAAUGCAAAAUCGCUAGGAGAGGAUUAUCGUGAACAAUACAAAGAAAAUGAUGUAGAUCCACCUCUUUGGGCCGAACAAAUUGCACAAAGCAAUGAAUUAGAGAAAAGUUUUUAUCGAACAGUACCUCUAGACGAUUAUGGAAUGACUGAUUUAGAUACAGACGAGGGAGGAUUUGGUCAAGAAGGAGGGAAAUACUUGACACAAAAAAUAUUGCAAGAUUUUGAGGAAAAAAUUGGACAGGGCAAGCUUGAAUUAACUGAUUCUUUAAUUGUGCAUGUGGAUUCACCUGAAAAUCGGCCGCUUAAUGAAUUUGAAGAAGUAAUGGACUUAUUUGGAAAAGACAAAAUCUUUGUUAAUUCUGGACGUCCUUUUAGUGAAGAUGAUUGUGAAAGUUUGAGUACUUUUACUGAAAAUGAACGUGAAAGACGUAAAAUAAAUAAUCGAAAACGUUCAUUUAAACCCCCACUUUUAUUAAACAAAAAUGAAGUUAAACAAAAAAUACAAAAUAAUCGACGCCGAAAAUGUGCUUCAGAUGCUCGUUGUCGAAAUUUGUCUGCUUAUAAUGGCUUUCUUUCCAAUGAUUUUGAAUGGGAUGAUGAUGCUUUUAUUGGUUAUCAGAAUAUUUCUGUUGAAAAUUCUUUUGACAAAUUGCCGGAUAUUCUUUUGGAUGGGGAUUUUAAUGAAACUAAAAAGGCUUUUUCUUCAUUUUAUGACAAAUUUCGGCAAGUUUUAUCAGAAAGUCAAAAUUUAAAUGAGCGUUUGAGAGAAUUAAUAACUUUUGUGGAUAAAUCUUUUGAUGGGACUUCGGUUCUGUUUCAAGAACUUAACUCUACAUUUACAUCUGUUUCGAAUCUUUGUAAUGAUGAAAGAUUUGAUGAGAAUGGCUUUAACUUUUCUAAAAGCAUUAAUUCAAAUUUAAUACUUUUGCAACAACGUAUAAAUUCUUUGGAAACUACAUGCGAAAACUUAUCUCUGAUUUUAUUAGGAAAACAAUAUUUAAUAGAAACAAGUAAUAACAAGGAUUAUACAAAUAAAUUUGCAAGAGAAUUUAAUGAAAUUAAAGAAGAGUUGAAAAAAUUAAAAAACAGAUUUGGAAAUCAUUUUUUCAAUUCAUUUGUGGUCAAUAUUGCACAAAACAAUGUCACCACGUCUUUUGAAAAUUCACCGUCUAACAAAUCUCCCCCAACAUUAUUCAAUUCUUCAACUCAAUCUAGUUUUUUAACCAAAUCAGAACAUCCAACAAUUCCCUCCUCCUUUUGGCGUUCCUACUUAUUAAUGUGUUUAAUUGGCCUUUUCACUUCUUUUGCCAUUUUACUUUACAUGAAUAGCCGUGACGGUGUUGAUUUUCGAUGGAGUUUUGGGCCACAAUUACACUAUCAAAAUGGACGCCCGCCAAUUUAA